AUGGAAAGUAAUUGUGUAUCCAAUUGGCAAAGCGAGCGUCUAUGGGAAUGUCCCUCUUCCCCUCCAUCUCGUGGCUCCUCUGCACCAUCAGAGACACUCAUAGAGUGCAGGGCUUUGCCUGGUGGUGGUGUAUGUGCUAUUAUAACACCUAAUAAGGAAAGUCAAGCUACUGAUGAGGGAGUACCAUCAACAUCAGGCCUUCCUGUCAAGCGACGUCUCUACGCAUCCACCCCAAAGCCCAAGAGAACAUGUUUUGUUUUCACUGACUCAUCCAGUGAUGAUUCUGAUCCAGCAUUUAUACCUAAGUCUUGGGAUGAUUCAUUUAGCUCGGAUGCAAGUGUAGCGGUUCGUACGUCCUCUCAGGCCUUAUCACCAGAACCACCCUCCCAGGACACAGCGGUCGGAUCCACACCUUCCCAGGACGCAUCAGCGGGACCAUCAUCACCCUCUCAGGAUCCAACAGGUGUAUCCACAUCGAGCGUUGAUCGUGCUGAGAAACGAUUCAUGUUAUCUCGUAGCCAAUGUCUUACAUCUGACAAAACUAUAUGGUUCCACACACCUCUUCCAAAGAGAUCCAAAGCCACACGACCAGUCAUCCCAUACGCAAAAGGAGUGACAGCCAAGUCACGAAAUGCUGUAUCCGCCAAAGAUUUUUUCUCACUUUUUGUGGAUGAUGAUAUGGUGCGAGACAUGGUGACAUACACAAACCAGAGAAUAGAUGUACGUGCACCAAAAUAUGCCAAUAAUAACAUUCAAUCAGUAUCACACACAUGCCCUGAAGAAAUAAUGGCCCUCAUGGGCAUACUUAUACAACCUGGGGCUAAACAUGAUAAUAAAUUGACAACAGAAAUGUUUGAUCCACAGCAUGGGGCACCUUUAUACCGCGCUGGAGCUUGUGAAAGGAGAUUCAAAUUCCUCUUGGAAUCCUUAGUGUUUGAUGACCAAAGCACACGAGAUGAACGAAAGAAGACUGAUGAGAUGACCAAUAUUAGGGAGCUCUUUGAACAUUUUGUUAUCAAAUGCAGAUAAAGUUACGUCCCUGGAGCAGAUAUAACAGUGGAUGAACAACUGUUAGGGUUUCGAGGAAGAAAAUGCAAGUUUAGAUUCUACAUUGGCAACAAGCCUAGGAAAUAUGGUUUGAAGCUCAUAAUGGCAUGUUAUGCGGAAAAUAGUUAUAUGCUAAAUGCCAUUGUUGAUUUGGGGAAGCACAGACAUGAAAAAGUACCCGAUGGAAAACUUGGUGAAUAUUACAACAUGAAACUUAUGGAACAUUAUCUGGACAGUGGCAGAAACGUCACUGUGGACAACUGGUUCACUUCUAAGUCCCUUUCAGAUGAACAAGACAAAAGAGGAACGACUCGUAAGAAUGCUACGACGAAAGGGGUAUGUCCCUUCAGCAAUGGUAAACACCAAGCUAAAACGCCCCCUGAGCACAAGAUCCUCCUUUUCAAAGAGAACCUCACCAUGGUGUCAUACAAGCCAAAGAAAAACAAGGUUGCUCUUUUUUGUUACCUUCAAGACACAACGCUCCUGAGAUUGGAGAUAAGGACAAACCACAGAUUAUUCACUACUAUGACAAAACAAAAGGUGGAGUAGAUGUACUGGAUAAUAUGUGUGCCAGAUACUCAUGCAGCCGCAAAACUUAACGGUGGCUAGUCUGUCUAUUUGAUGGAAUUCUAAAUAUUGCUGUCAUUAGUGCUUUCAUUAUGUAUAGACAGCUACAAGGGAUCAAAGUGAGACGCACUUUUAUGCAUACACUGGCCGGGGAACUGGUGAGGCCAUGGGCUGAGGUGAGGCUUUGUCAGGGGGGCAUGAAAUUGUCAGUCACCUCAUCCAUAAGAUCUUGCCUCACCAUCACCCAUGAUACGUCUAUGGUUCGCGCAGCUGCAUCAGGUCCCCACAACAAAAGGAGGUGCAGUUUCUGCCCUUGGAAAACAGCAAGACAGACAAGGACAGUCUGCUCCCAAUGUGAGAAGCCCGUGUAUCCCAACCAUUCAGAUGUCCUGUGCUUACAAUGCCAAGAAUAACUGGCACCAUGAUUGCUUUGCAGCAAAGGUUUGGCAGGCAGAAUAUGGCAUCCACCAUCAUACCAGUUUAGUUUGGUAACAAUUUUUUCUUUUUAUUUCAUUUUUUUUUUAUACCAGCAAAUCACAUUAUUUAUUUUUUUAAAUUCAUUGGAUUCAAAGUCAGAUUUUCAAUUUCUCUUUAUUACAAAAAACUUGCUAGUAGUAGUAAGAAAUACUUAUUUUUCUACCUGACUAUCAUUUAGCAUCAAUAAAACAUGUCUUUA